AUGGGGGAUAUCGUACCAAAAUCAAUACUUGCGACCACUCCUCCAUUCCACCCUAAGCACGACCCUAAGGCUUCAUGCGCUUAUCACGCCGGGUUCAUAGGGCAUUCUACAGAAGACUGUUGGGAACUGAAGUACAAAAUCCAAGAUUUGAUCAAUCAAGAUAUCCUGACCUUCUCUGAAGAAAACCCCAAUGUGAAGACGAAUCCUUUCCAGAAUCACGGUGGUGCAUCAGUCAACAUUGUAGUCGAAGAGGAAACUACCGAAUCCAUACUAAGAGUCGAAGAUGUAAAGACUCCGAUGUCAGUUGUGUUACAGAGACUUGAGCAGUUUGGGUUUCUAGCGGGUAUACAUGAUGAUUGUGCAGUAUGUGAAUAUGAUCCAGACAACUGCGUAGAGCUGAGGGUUUGUGUACAAGAACUGAUGGAUCAGGGUUUGAUACAGUUCUCCAGACCCAAGGCAGCAGAAGAAGUGGUGGUAAUUGAACCAAUAUCCAUUGUGUACAGUAAAAAGAAGGUUGAAGCUCCUCCCAAGAGGAUUCAGCCAAUUCAUUUCCGGGUUCCCAAUCCAUUUUCGUAUCAGAAUACCAAGGCGGUGCCUUGGAAUUAUGAGACAACAACAUAUUUGGGAGGAAAAGAAAUUUGUAUUCCUGACACUGAAAUCGUCAACAUCGCUGGAGCGGGAGGCACGACUCGCAAUGGCCGUGUAUUCGCUCCAAAAUACACUCAUAGGGUGUCUCUAACACCCACAGAUAUCCCGCAUAAGGAGAAGGUCAUUCCUAUUCUGACUCCACGGGCAGGGGCAACUGUGCCCGCCACUCCGAACAUGAUAACUGCUCCAGUUCCGACAAAGGUUAUUGACAAUAAAGCUGCAUAUUCGGAAGUGUCUAAAGCAUUGCUGAAAGUUCUGAAUGCCACUCAUGUGAUGCAAGACACCACGGUCGAUCAGUUUGACGACGUGGUUGCUAAUAUUACCGCUAGUAGGUAUCUGGGAUUUAAUGAAGCAGAGCUACCUCCUGAGGGAAACACCCAUAAUAAAGCAUUACACAUUUCGGUCAUGUGCACAUACUCUCUUCUAUCUCGAGUCCUCGUUGACACUGGUUCUUCACUUAAUGCUCAUCGCAAAGCAUUGCUGAAAGUUCUGAAUGCCACUCAUGUGAUGCAAGACACCACGGUCGAUCAGUUUGACGACGUGGUUGCUAAUAUUACCGCUAGUAGGUAUCUGGGAUUUAAUGAAGCAGAGUUACCUCCUGAGGGAAACACCUAUAAUAAAGCAUUACACAUUUCGGUCAUGUGCACAUACUCUCUUCUUUCUCGAGUCCUCGUUGACACUGGUUCUUCACUUAAUGUAUUUCCAAAAUUUACAUUAAGUCAAUUACAGUUUAAAGGGCUCGAGAUGAGGACCAUCACACUGAUUGUCCGAGAUUUUGAUGGUUCUCAAAGGCCGUGGAUUCAUGUCGCUGGGGCAGUCACCUCUACAUUGCACCAAAGGCUGAAGUUCUUGAUUGAUGACAAGCUGGUAAUUGUGUAUGGUGAAGAAGAUCUAUUGGUUAGAGAACUCUCCUCAUUCAGAUAUGUUGAAUCAAAUGAAGGUAUUGUUGAGGUUCCGCUCCACUAUUUAGAAUUUGAAGAAGUCAGUUUUGCCACCUCCAAUCGUAGCCAAUCAUCCACUACCAUCAUAUCCUCAGCGAAAAGUGCCAAGCAAACAUUGAAGAAAGGCCCGCUUCCCGGUUGGGGUAAGGUUGUCAACAUGGCAGAGAAACACGAGAGGUUUGGUAUCGGUUAUCACCCAACAGCAUGCCAGGCGAGCCCAAAGAAAAAGCAGUUCAACCCGGUCAAAUUCAACAUCGCCGACUUUCAAAAUGAGCAUAUUAUGGAAGUUAUUGGAGAAUCCAGCGACAACAAACCAGAGAAGCCUAGCCUUAUUAUACGCAUAUGUCCUCCAGUGUUCAAGCUUUCCAACUGGAUGGCUACCGUGAUUCCCGUAGUGUACUCGUAA